CUUUAUACUGAUUGGCCUAUAAAUAAACAAGUUCUCCACCCGCAUUUCCUCAUCUCAUCAGAUCAGAGUCACAGAAACAAAAACUUUGAUUUCAGAAGAAAGAGAAAAUGUCAGGAAUAAUUCACAAGAUUGAGGAGACUCUCCACAUCGGAGGAAACAAGAAGGAAGAGCACAAGGGAGAGUCUCAUGGCCAUGGAGAUCACAAAGAUCACAAAGAUCACAAGGAUCACAAGGGCGAUCACCACAAGGGAGAAGGCGAGCACAAGGAAGGGAUUGUUGACAAGAUAAAGGACAAGAUCCAUGGAGAUCAUGAGCAUGGUGACGGCGACAAGAAGAAGAAGAAGAAGGAAAAGAAGAAGCAUGAGCAUGGCCAUGAUCACGAUGGUCAUAGCAGCAGCAGCAGCGACAGCGAUUAGGGAGAUCUUCUCACAUAUCCAUUAUUCAGGUGUUAUGGAGUAUGAACAUAUCCGAGUUUUUCCUUUUCUGCUAGUGUUUGACAACUGCUUUAAUCUGAGGAAAAAAAAAAAAUUACGUAUGAAAGUUUGAUGCUGUGGAUGGCGUGAGCCGUGAUGUAUUGAUGUAUCUGUAAAUGUGCCCAAAUAUUAUAAUAAAAGGAUAUGUUAACUA